AUGGAGGCUCCAGUCAGUCAUUAUCAUAUCAAGCGCCAAGCGCACACCCUUAGUCGCCAGGAAACCGACGCGCGCUUCAGCCCCUUCGCGCACAUCCAAUGGCGCAAGAAAAACAACCGGAGCGAAACAUUCCCGCGGGAUGUCGAGGCCCAGCGCCAAGUAGAUCGAGACGAGACCCAAGACGUCGGGUCGCCUAUCGAACAUGCUCAGACCGCCCCCACGUCUUACCUGUCGGGUGCAAACAAUGACAUCCACGCCGAGCAACUCGAGCGGUCCAAGGAGGAGGACGUGCCAGAUCCUACGGGGAGCAGCGGUGGCCAGUAUAGCGGCGAGACGGAGCUGAACGACCACUUGACGCCUACCAACACGACCUCUGGCAUGAGGAAACGCGGCGUGGCUGGAUCCUCUGCAUCGCCGACGGGAGAGGCUCGGGAGAAUGCCGAGGAUGAGAAGAAGGGCAAGAAGAAAAAGGACCAUAGGCUGUUCAAGCAUGUCGAGCCCAAGGAGCCAUUCACGGUUGGCAACCAGCUGCAGAGGACCUUUCUGAAUUCGUGGAUCAACAUACUCCUCUUCGCGGCCCCUGUCGGCAUUGGCCUCCACUUCACCUCUGUCGAUCCCGUCGCCAUUUUCGUUGUCAACUUUGUUGCCAUCGUUCCCUUGGCUGCUAUGCUGAGUUUCGCUACCGAGGAAAUAGCGCUCCGGACCGGCGAAACUCUUGGUGGCCUGCUCAAUGCCACCUUUGGCAAUGCUGUCGAGCUGAUUGUCGCCGUCAUGGCCUUGGUUAAAAAGCAGAUCGUCAUCGUCCAGACGUCUCUCAUUGGCAGUAUCCUCUCCAACUUGCUCCUUGUUAUGGGCAUGUGCUUCUUCUUUGGUGGACUUAGAAGACAGGAGCAGUUCUUCAACACCACGGUGGCGCAAACUGCCGCCAGUCUGCUGGCCUUGGCUGUCGCCGGAGUCAUCGUCCCCACCGUCUUUGACGUGGCCAGCAUCACCUCGGUCGCCGAUGUUGCCGCCCUUUCCCGCGGCACAUCUAUUAUCCUGCUCUUCGUCUACGGCGGUUAUCUCUUCUUCCAGCUCAAGACCCAUCAAGCGGUCUUUGCGGAGGAGAGUCAGAAGGUGCCUGCCAAGCCUUUCAAGCACUCCAAGGACAUCAAGCAGGGCUUGGCCAACCCAGUGGGCCUGAUCGCCCAUGGCGUCUCGGGCCAUGAGGACAAUCAGCGUCUCUCCAGGAUGCUGAUGCAGCCGCCCAUAGAUGAAGAAGAAGGCGAAGAGCCGCAACUGCACUUCUUCGUAGCCCUUGGGCUUCUCACUGGUUCCACUGUCGUCAUCGCUUUUUGUGCCGAGUUUCUCGUCGACAGCAUCGAUGAUGUGACCACCCGGGGCCACAUCAGCAAGGAGUUCCUAGGUCUGAUCCUCCUUCCCAUUGUCGGCAAUGCUGCCGAGCACGCUACCGCAGUCACUGUCGCCAUCAAGGACAAAAUGGAUCUCGCCAUCGGUGUCGCCAUCGGCUCGAGCAUGCAGGUUGCCUUGUUCAUUAUCCCCCUCCUGGUUGUCAUUGGUUGGGGUAUGGGCCUCGACGACAUGUCCUUGAGCUUCGAUAUCUUCCAGGUCGCCGUGUUGUUUGUCUCCGUGCUGCUCGUCAACUACCUGAUUGCGGACGGCAAGAGCCAUUGGCUCGAGGGCAUGCUUUUGAUGUGCCUGUACUGCAUUAUUGCCGUUUGUUCAUGGUGGUAUCCGGCCAAGGAGAGCGCGAGCGAGUAA